AAUAUUUCAUGUUGCGCACGUUCUGUGGGAGCUUCAAUACAGUCUCGAUGAUUCCUGUGUAUAGAAAUGCCGCGAAGGACUGGUGCAAACAAUAUGGUGGAUCUCAAGUGAAGACGAUCAAAACAUUUGAAGGUUAUUAGAGAGGUGCUUUUCCACGAUGGCCGACGCCAGCAUUGCGGAUGAGACCGCUCUAGCCGGUUUGCUCUCUGCUGCGGAGGAUCUUGAGUCCUUAAGUUCACUGGAUGCGGCGUUUACGACUGAUAGCACAAGAGGAAACGCGGGCUCCUUUCGAGCGCAACCUCUCAUCGACACGGCUGAUAUUGAGAGUGAUCUGCCAGUGGUUGAUGAUAUUCCAACACUAGAGAGCAUACUCAACGAGAAAGAUGACGAUGCCAUGAGCCUCGAGAGCGACCCAGAGCUUGCGUCCAUCCUCCACGGGGAAGCGCUCUCCUCUCCCAUCAACUUAGAUUUAAGCAGUGACAAGAAGACGAAGCACAAUAAGCACGGCCCCAUCCUUAGACAAAUCAUCCUGAAGAAUGUCUCUGCUCAAAUGGCUUCUGCUGCUUCCAAAGUUGAUGCUGGCUUGCCCACAGCAAUGGCUGUAUCCUCUGUAAUUGCAAUCGGUACAUCUCAUGGAGUGAUCCUAAUAUUUGACCCCCAGCAGACAUUAAAACUUGUUCUCGGAAAUACAGUAACUGGUUCUGAAUAUGGUGCUGUGACGGCUCUUGGGAUAAACAAAGAUUGCACUAGGCUACUUUGUGGACACGCAAGGGGGCAGAUAUGUAUGUGGGAUCUUCAGUCUGGCAAGUUGCUAAGGACUAUCUUAGAUGCACAUCCUAUUGGCUCUGCUGUUCUUCAUGUUAGGUUCACAGAUGACCCAACUGUUGCCUUCUGUAGUUACAGUGGCGGAUCUGUGUUUGUGCUUAGCUUCAAGAGGUUGAUUGGCGUCAGGAGCUAUGAAUCAACAUGUCUUUUUUCUGGAAGCCGAGGAGAAGUCUGCACUCUUGCUCCCUUGCAUAUGCAUCAAGGAAUGAAGGACCACCCUAUGUACGAGUUCUCCAUGCUGGCCCUCGCAACUCUCACAAAGGUUCUUGUUUUGACUCUUAAACCAACAAUGGAGGUGUUAUUCACACAUCGCUUACAGGGUCCAUCAGACUCCCUGCCUCUCCUCUCCUGGCAAUUCGCCAUCAUCCAGGUGGCCUCUCAUAAAGUCAUUGACCCGGUGCUGGCAUUUGGCAGAGGGGGUUGUAUUUACUUUUAUCAGGCUCAUUGCCGUAGUGAAAAAGAUGUCAAGUUCAUGUUCCUUCAGAGGGUAGAGGUGGACUACAAACUGAUUGCUCUAAAUUGGCUCAACCCGCAUGUGAUGGCUGCCAUAGACUCUCUAGAAAGGCUUCAUGUAUUGGACGUUCGAUCAAUGGAAGAACUUGAGAUAGUAGAUUUAAGCAGUGUCCAGUUGGUAUACAGCAGCAGCUAUUUCAAGUCAUUGUCAACUGGUGGAAAUGUUAGCAAAGCUUUGGUGGCUGCUAGUGAGCAUGCUUGUUACCAGACAAUAGCUGUGUUCAAUGGACAGAUGCUUGUACUUGGAAGAAAGGCAAUUCAUGUGCUCACCAUGCGAACCUGGACAGAUAGGCUUUCAUUGCUUGUCCGACUUAAUCGAUUCACUGAAGCAUUAGACUUGGCUUUGUCAUUCUAUAAUGGAACUGCCAAAGCUGUUGUCGGUUUGGUUGGAAGUAUAGAAUCCAGAAGGUAUCAAGUUGCUACUGAAAUGGAAGAACUUCUGGUUGCAUAUGCUGAUAUUGUUGUAUUUAACAAUUGCCCUAAAUCAGGGGAAAGAACACUGCAAAUAAAGUACUUUGAGGACACUGUCCCAGUCUUCAUUCAUUACACCUUGGCUAUUCAAAAAACGGACUUGUUAUUUCGGGAUAUCUACUAUAAAUUCUGUGAGGAUUCAAUUGGGAAGACAGUUUUCCUGGAAUGUUUGCAGCCCUACAUUCUCUCUGACAGACUGACAUCACUGAGUCCUAUAGUGAUGAAGGAUUUUAUAGAGCAUUACCAAGAAAUGGGAAGACUCAAGGAAGUAGAAGCUUGCCUCCUUCAUCUAGAUGUGAUGAACCUGGACAUACAUCAGAUGGUGAAGUUGUGCUGGUCACAUUGCUUGUACGAUGCUAUCUUGUAUGUCUAUAACCGCGGCAUGAGGGACUACACCACGCCUUUAGAGGAACUCCUGGCAGUGCUCAAAAGCUCAAUCAACUCAGACAAGCCUCUGAAUGACACUGACCAGGCUCUUGGAUACAGACUCUUGGUGUACAUCAGUUGCUGUCUGGCCGGCAGAGCCUAUCCUGUUGGGGAAAUUCAACAAGAUAUAGUAACACAAGUGAAGUCACAGGUUUUUAACUGUGUGACAGCUGCCAACACACGCGAUGCUUUUGAAACUGAAAGCCCCUACCCCUAUGUGCGCACGCUGCUCCAGUUUAAUACUCAAGAGUUUCUGAACGUCCUUUCCAUGGCAUUUGAGGAAAAUGAAUUUGACCAAGACUUCAGGCGACCAAGUGGAGUGGCAGGACGUCAGUACGUAGUGAACAUUCUUCUAGAAGUAAUGGUUCAGGGAACUGGCUUUUCGCCCAAGCAAGUGGGGAGCUUGUUCACAUUCCUUGCACGUCAGUUGGCGAAGCAUGAUUCUUUCCAAGUAGACAAAAUACUUUUUGAACAGGUUCUUGAGUAUCUGGCUAAUCCAGAUGAUGACUCACGUCAUGAAGAGAGACAGCAGGCAUUGCUGGAACUUCUUGCUGCUGGUGGUCUUAACCAUUUCGAUGAUGAGCGGAUCCUUGUCUUGGCUGAAAAUGCAAAAUUCUAUCGUGUGUGUGAGUUGCUGUAUGAAAAGACAAGACAAUUCCCCAAGAUCUUGUCAUGUUACUUGAGGGAUCCAGCUCGCAGGGAACAAGCGUUUUUGUAUAUCCAUACAGCAAUGACAGAUGAUGCCUACACUGAUCUGGAGCGAGAAGAAGUCAAAGCAGCUGCUCUUGAUGCUUUACAGGAAUUGGUCAGUGUUAGCUGCACUAUGUCUGCCAACCUCAUCAUCUUCGACUUCCCAGAUACCCUAGUGACCGUGGUGGCACGCCUUGAGACCAAUCCAUCCGUGCAAUAUGAAUUUCUCAAGGGAGUGUUUGAUGGCAGAACCCUGAUGUCUAAGCCAGAGUUUUCACCAGAUGCAAACAUCCAUGAGCGGUACAUUGAGCUGAUGUGUAACUACGAGACUGAUGAGAUAGUAUACAACUAUUUGCGCACGGCAGACAACUAUCGUAUAGAAGAAACAUUGUCGAUGGUCCGUGGGCGCGGUCUGACGUAUGCUACUGCUUAUCUGCUGGAGAAAGCGGGAGACGUGCAGGGGGCCUUCCAGUUACUGCUAGAGAAACUCAAGGAAAAGGUGAUGAAAAAUGUUGAAGCUUUCGAAAAAAGCCGAAGUUUUAAUGAAGUGCGCAUAUGUAGCACAGAACUGUGGUCUGUGAUGGUUGUGAUCACUCAGUUGUGUCAGAGGAACUCAGCGCGAAUGGACGAGUCGGAUCGAGAGGCACUGUGGUUUCCGCUGCUCGAGACUGUCAUGGCCCCUCAGAGGAAGUGGAAAGACACAUCCAGCGAGGAGUUCAAAGCAUUCAAAGAUCUUACACGGCAUGUCAUGAAUGGCAUGAUGGGAUACAUAGCCCUCCCAGCAAUCCUCCAGAAGAUAAUGCAGGACCCUACGUAUAGCACAAGGAAGUUUGGUGAAAUUAAGGAGCUCAUUCUGGGGAUGUUAAAUACCUACAACUAUGAGUCGACAUUGUUGAAAACCACCAAUCAACUUCUAGCCAAGGAUCUGCACUCGUCUAUGAGCGCCCUUAGAUCCAAUCGUAACCGAGGCCUUGCCCCAGUCUCCACUGUGUGCGGCAUGUGUCACCACAGCUCCAGCAGCGAUGCCAGGAAGACAGGAAAAGUAGCCAUACUAAGGUGUGGCCAUAUGUUCCACACUGAAUGUCUAACCGGAACAAGUGAUGUCACCACGACAGUGAUCUGUCCAUUUUGUCAACAUAGCAACCAGUCUAGUAGGAAGAGUGCACCUUCAAGAUUUAACAGACACGGUGGUGCUAGUGGUGAUAUGGGGUCAAGGCCUGACAAAUCUCAAGGUCUCUCAAGUCAGCAGUUCGAGAACAUCUCACGCUUCAGGAGACUCAACAAAACGCCUUCUCGGCUGGCAAUUCUGUCUGAGCUCUCUCGAUCAAGAGACGAUGGUGCCAUAACUUUGAACUAUGGAUCAAGAUCACAAUAUUCUCGCAGUAUUUUCCAGGAUGAGAACUUCAAGUUACAGUUGGCUCCUCCCCCAAUACCUAAAGAAAGAUAGUCCUACUCCCAAAAAAGGAUCACAUUGUCUACCAUGGGGAAUAGUGACAAACCACAAAACCCUGAACAUUCAAAGGGAAUAAAGACAUCUUUGUUUUCCUCACUACACACAAGAAAUCUUUGAGAUGAAGAACCAAAAUUGAGGGGUAAUAAUCAUUGUAUAAUGAGAAUAAUAUUAGUCUUUACCCUUGAAGAAGAGUUUGUAUUUGAAAAUCACAAGAUAAACCAGGGUUUUAUUAUGUUUCAGAGUAGGCAGUGGCGCUUGAUAAGUAGGGGGUGGAAUUUAUUUGCUCAAAUAACACUUAAAUCAACUUUUUUUUUUAUUGCUCAGUGAAAAAUAGCUGGCAGUUUAGCCUCCCUUGCAGGCGUUUUAGGCAGCGAGCGACGCCUACUGGCAGUUCUGCCUGCCACUGGGGCCUAGUAAAACCCUUAUUUAAUAUAUGUGUUCAUAAAUCUUCUGGUGUGUACUAGGUUUGUGACAAUUUAAAAAUCUGAAAAUAAAUAUUUUAUUAGGAAAGACGCUGGAAAACAAAAAAACAAUCUCAGAAUGUACUAAACCUUCCUUGCUAUUGAUCUGAGGAUAUUUUAAUGUAAAAAGAGCCCUGUUUACUUUAACAAGCUUACUCAUGACAAUGACCAUUAUUUUGUAAGGUAACACCAAAGAAUUGUUAAAAAAAAUAAAACAGGCAGCUCUGAGGUAUGCCAAU